AUGUUAACGAAGUAUUUUGAGGUUCAUGAACUAUGUGACAAUUUCUGCCACAGGUAUAUAAGUUGUCUAAAGGGUAAAAUGCCCAUAGACCUGGUGAUAGAUGAAAGGGACGGUGGCAAGCCCCCUGAGCUAACGGGCUCCACCAACGGAGACGGUGGCACCAGGAGCAACGCUGAUUCUACGUCGCAUACAGAUGGCGCCAGCACUCCAGAUGUCAUUCCAAGAAGGUCGCAUCCAUCCGACAAGGUGACAAGCGAAAGAAUGGCUGAAACAAAUCACUGA